GAGCAUUCCUCCCUGAACUGGCUCUGGCCGAUCAACUCCCCUUCUAUGUGGUGACCCCCGGCUCUUCUGCUGGGAAGCACACCUGACCUCCACAAGAAAUGACUACGCUGUUUCUAAGCCAGACAUUCUGUCCCGCAUUGAACGAGGGGAGGAGCCAUGUGUCAGGGAUCGGUGGGAAUCCCUGGAAGGAUUGGAGGAAAGAAUCCAGAAGAAGGAAGGGCUGGUGGAAAGAGAAAUCCCUGUGGACCCUAGCGCCGGCCAUGCCAUUUCCAACCCUGACAUCCUGCCCCGGGCUGAAGGAGGGGAAGGAGCCGUGUAUCAGGGGUCAGAGGGGUUCGGCGGACAGAGAAAUUCCCCUGGAGCCCAGCACAGUUUCCACAUCUGACACUUUAAUCUGGAUUAAACAAGAGGAAGAGCUGGAUGCUGGGGAUCAUCAGGAAUUGGGGGAAGGAAGAAUUCUCUCAGGCUCCAGCAUGGCAAAUGAUGGGACAGCGAGCAAAGAGGAGGAGAAGCCCCAGGAGGGAUGUCUGAAAAAGUUAGAACCACACAGGAUUUUCUUGGUGAAAUCAGAAGAGGAGGGUUUGCAGAGCCUACAGCAGGGAGUGGCUGCACAGCUGGGUAACCCUGCAGUCAUCAGAGUGGAGCAAUCAACCCAGUGUGGCCGAGACUUCGGCCUGCUCAAGGGCUUUGUGGUGCAGCCGGGGGAGAAGCCCUUUGCCUGCGGUGAAUGCGGGAAGAGCUUCCGGCUGAAGGGGAAUUUGGUCAAGCACCUGCGGAGCCAUGCCAAGGUGCGGCCCUACCAGUGCACCGAGUGCGAGAAGAGCUUCAACUGCCAGUCAGACCUGCUGCGCCACCAGAUGAUUCACCGCGGGGAGAAGCCCUACAAGUGCAGCGAGUGCGAGAAGAGCUACAGCCGCAAGGUGUAUCUGCUCAACCACCAGCGCGUGCACACGGGGGAGCGGCCCUUCCAGUGCGCGGUGUGCGAGAAAAGCUUCCGGCAGAAGGCCGUGCUCAUCUCCCACCAACGCCUGCACACGGGCGAGCGCCCGUACAAGUGCACCCAGUGCGACAACAGCUUCAGCGAGAAGUCCAAGCUCAACAACCACUACCGCAUCCACACGGGAGAGUGGCCCUACAAAUGCACCAAGUGUGACAAGAGUUACAGCCGCAAGGUGUACCUGCUCAACCACCAGCGCCUGCACACCGGCGAGCGGCCCUUCCAGUGCGCUGAGUGCAGCAAGAGCUUCAUGCUCAAGACGAGCUUCAUGAAGCACCAAAGAAACCACAUGGAAGAGAGACCGCACCAGGGCGGCCCAGCUGCUAAAAGCCAUGGCAGGUCUGUCGGCCAUGAGGGUAAUGACCCAGGAGAAGGGCUGAAGUGCCGCACUGAGUGUGGGGAAAGCUUCACGGGGAAGCCUGAGACACACCAGCAGGUCCAUGCUGGGGAAUGGCCACAUCAGUGUGGCACGUGUGGGAAAAGCUUCCGAUAUGAGGAAUCUCUGAAAGAACAUCAGAGCCUCCACAGUGCAGAGCAAGGGCAUCCGGAGAUUUCUCGGAGCCCUGGACAGGGAGCAGAGGCUGGACUCCUGGUUGUAAAGAUGGAAGAUACGUGGUAGCCAGUGGAGUUAACGUACAGCAGGUGCGUUAGUCAGAUGAAAGGCAAGAGGAGGAGUUGAAACAUCCCAUCAGAUCAGCGUGUGUCUGAGCCCCUGGAGGAGAGGUGGAAACCCAGCCAGUGGGCUUCCUUCCGUCACCACCUGAAAGGGGAACCAGGGACAUUAGCUGAGGAGGAUUCUUUUCUCUCAACUGAAAAUGCAGCAAUGGCACCAUGGGGACACGCAGGGGAACCAACUUCUGCUUGUGAAACAUCCCCACGUGGCGGCAGGCGGAAGGCACCGGGAGAGGAAGAAGUCGGAGGGACAUGAAUGACUGGGAGUAGGAGGGAGAUGGGCACUCUGUAUGGAAGGCCUGCUGCUGGGCAUCACUGGACAAGACUGAAUCGCAAUUGCUUAGGACGUAAGCAGACAUCUCAAGUUCAGCCCCAUGGCCCACGGCCAGCAAUAGCUUAGGAGAUCUAGUCUGUUCUUGUUCCUAACGUGUCCCUCGCUUUAGCCUUCACUCACCUUGAGGUCAUGUGAAUUCUCUAGUGACUCCAGCAGAGGAAGGACUCGAGAGUAAAAUUAAAGUGGGGAGAUAAUGAGAAAUACCCUGAAAAAAUCGUGAACACAUGGGAAGUUCGUACUGCAGGUAAAUCCAAAGAGAUGUUCUCCCCGAGUCCUGACCCAGGAACUAUCUGGGCAUGUCACCACAAUGGAACUUUUCACUUGGGCAAGUGGGGUGUGUGUGUGUGUGUGUGGGGGGGGGGGGUAGUUGAGCUAUUUCUUAUCACGUAACAUGUACAAAUCUGAUCACGGUCACCUCAUCCUUCAGAGUGAGAAGGCGGUUGUUCCUACCUCCCCCACAACAACACCUCGGUCAUUUCAGGGUUUCUCCCAUAAUCUUUUAUUUUGAUGUACGUACUGUAAUUAGCAUGGUUCGCUGUUAACCAAGGCUUACCAGGCCUCUUGAAUGAGCCCAUGAAUAGGAACACGUACUGCUACAUCACUACAAGCUUGCAGUUACCUGCUACAGUGUUCAGGAUAUUGUAAGUAUCAUUAAUAAGCAAAUCAUACUUUUAACGUGCACCCUGUUGCAAUGUGUAGAGACAGGCCGUGGGCUGAAGGAUGCUGUUGCUUUCUCCUUCCAGCUGCUCAUGUGCUUCUUCAGUCCCCAUUGCACUGGUUUUCUCCUUACUGAUUUUUAAUAUGUUUACACUAAUCAGGAAGCAGAACCUUCACUCCCUCCCAAAAGACACUGUUAACUCUUGCAGUCUUGUCUUGAGUCUUGGGAUAUUGGGUGUCUGUCAAGCCCCAUCUCCUAGAGGCAACUGAUUACAGGAGGCUCUAAGCUUUUGUUUAAAAAAAACCCCACAUUUCUGUUCCUUGUUGUGGAUAAAAACUUGAAAAUGUGACCAAGUGUAACCUAAAAUCUCAGAAGGCAAGAAAGAAGAACCCAACAUCUAUUCGUUUUUAAGUCAUGAUUUUGAGGGGCCUGACUCACGAUUUUUGAAUGUGUGGCAUGGGCAAUACUGCAAGUAUCUCUUUUGUGUGGCUACAUCACAUGGGUGGAGUCCCCCCUGUACAGAGACUGCUCAUCAAGGCCUCUGUCCCCUAGUGAUUACCCCAUUUCAGCUUCUUUUAGCCUGACUCUUAUCUCAUGUAGGGCAGUGUUACUCCUUUGACUUCAGUGGAGUUGCUGUUGAUUUACACAACUAGGAGUGAGAGCAGACUCAGGGCCUGUGUUUUCCUAACAGAUUUUCCUCAAAGCAAGCAUGUCUGUUCCUCACAAUACCCCUUUCCCGGUAAAGCCUUUCUUUUGAUGACACUCGGUGCCUCUCCGGCUGCUUAAUUUAAUAAAUCCUCUGUAUCAUCAUUACUUAUACACAUCUGCUCUAUUUUGGAUACUGUGUUUUAAAAACUGAUUUUGUGAUAAGAACUAAAGGCAAAGUUAAAGAA